AUGGCCGAGUCGCCGGAGGAGGUGGCGGUGCUGGUGCAGCGGGUGGUGAAGGACAUUCGCAACGCCUUCCAGCGGAACCCUCACAUAGAUGAAAUUGGAUUAAUACCCUGCCCUGAAGCCAGGUAUAACCGGAGCCCUAUUGUCCUGGUAGAAAACAAGCUUGGUGUGGAGAGCUGGUGUGUCAAGUUUCUUUUGCCAUAUGUCCACAAUAAACUUCUCCUCUACAGACAAAGAAAACAAUGGCUGAACAAAGAUGAGCUGAUAGAUAUCACGUGUACCCUGCUGCUGCUGAACCCUGACUUCACCACUGCUUGGAACGUGAGGAAAGAAUUAAUACUGUCUGGCACUUUAAAUCCACUUAAAGAUUUGCAUCUUGGAAAACUGGCGUUAACCAAGUUUCCAAAGAGUCCAGAAACAUGGAUUCAUAGACGAUGGGUGCUGCAACAACUAAUUCAGGAAAACUCCUUGCCCAGUCUUGUGAAUAAAGGAAACUUGGGAGCAGCACCUGUGGAGAGAAUUCACCGACUAGUGCAGGAGGAAAUGAAUGUCUGCUCUGAAGCUGCUGGGAGAUAUCCAAGCAACUACAAUGCCUGGUCCCAUCGCAUCUGGGUUUUACAGCAUUUGGAAAAGCUGACUGUCAAGGUUCUCCUCGAUGAACUUUCAUCCACUAAAUAUUGGGUAUCCAUGCAUGUCUCAGACCAUAGUGGAUUUCAUUACCGCCAGUUCUUACUCAAGUCCUUGAUAGGCAGAACUGUAACUGACAAUAAUGUACUGGUACAAAAUCAAAUGGUAAAUGAGCAAAACCCUAGCCUUCAAAAGGAGGAGGAGAGUGCAGGGGCAGAAGCUGCCUGUGCGGAGGAGCAGAGCGUGGAUCUCCCCCGCCGUUUAGAGGAAGAGUUGGAGCUCUGCACUGAACUGAUUGAUACUUACCCAGGGCAUGAAACCUUGUGGUGUCAUAGAAGGUGUGUGUUCUACCUUCAGCACCACCUAAGCAACAAACUUCCUCUUCUGAGUGCAGUGGUAUCAUCUGUGGACAGCAGUGAUGAAACUCUGAAUAAUUCCCACCACAGUCCUGCAACAAGUCACAUGGCACAAGCUAUGGAUGUUGAUGGUUUGAAUGAAUCCAGCAGCAAACAAGGUUAUACCCAAGAAACAAAACGCCUGAAGCGUGCUCCUAUGCCGGACUCUCUUGGUCCAGAAAUGGAAUACCAGUUCAUUGAUAAAGUAUUAUCAACUUGUAGGGAUGCGGACCAAGCCAGGUUUGCUACUGCUUAUAGGAAAUGGUUAGUUACUUUUUUAGGUCAGUGAAGGAAGAGUUUAAAGCCUUCAGGGUUCUUCUUUUAGUGCAAUAUUCUCUUUUCAGACACAAAUGCAUGUCUUGGUUGCAAGUGUUAGCUACCCAUGUGUUUCUCACUCUUUUAAUGGUCAGUCCUAAAGUUCAUAUUCAGAGUAGAAGUCUGUCACUUUAUUAAAGAA